ACCGCCAUUUUGUGGUUUUUGUGGCAAAAACGGCUUGGGUCCGUUAUCUACGAUACGACGUGAAAUCAAUUGCAACAUUUAUUACACGAUCGCGUGCUAUAUUUGAUAAUAUUGAUAGAGUUCAGUUACACUCAAAGAAAGUUAUAAUUUCUUUGGAGGAAAUUACAAUGGACAACCAAAGGGAAAAAGAGAGAGACCGGUCGAGGCGCGGCGAUCGUCCUUCGAGGUUUUCAGAUGCCACUCGUGAUCGCUCUAAUGAGCGGGAACGUCCUGAAGGAAGGCGUCUUUUUGUUUCCAAUAUCCCCUAUGAAUUUAGGUGGACAGAAUUGAAAGAUUUAUUUAAAGAGAAGGUGGGAGAUGUAGCCUAUGUUGAACUGUUCAAUGAUGAGAAUGGAAAACCCAGAGGAUGUGGAGUGGUUGAGUUUACUAACUCAGAGGCUAUGAAAAAAGCCUUAUUUGUGAUGCAUCGCUAUGAAUUAAAUGGUCGGAAGCUUGUAUUGAAGGAAGAAACAGGUAAUGAACGGAAUAGAUUGAACUCUACGAGAUCUGGUGGUGGUGGAGGAGGUGGUGGCAACAGUGGUAGAAAUCCUAGAGAUGAUAAAGAUGGGUGGGGUGUUAAUAAACCAAGAGAACCCGAAAAUUUCAACACAUAUGGUUUAAGUCUCCAGUUUUUGGAAUCUAUUAAUGUCCAGCCUCCUCUAGUAAAGAAAGUCUUUGUGGCCAAUUUGGAUUAUAAAGCUGAUCGGACUAAAAUCAAAGAGGUAUUCAAAAUGGCAGGUAAAGUAAGAAAUAUAGAUUUGGCUGUAGAUAAAGAUGGAAACAGUAGAGGUUUUGCAGUGAUUGAAUAUGAUCACCCUGUUGAAGCAGUACAGGCUAUAUCAAUGUUUGACAAGCAAAUGCUUUACGACCGCAGGAUGACUGUACGUAUGGACCGUGGAGUGUCUGAUAAAAUGGAACUUAGAAUGCCAGAAGGUUUGAAGGGUAUAGGUUUAGGUUUAGGACCUAAUGGAGAACCCUUGAGAGAUGUAGCAAGGAAUCUGCAACAGUCAAAUCCAGCAAAUAAUUUGAAUCUUGCUAAUACUGGAGCUACAAUUGGCACUGGAGUGUUAGGAGCAGUACCAACUGCUGCUGGUGUGGCUUUGAAUGGUCUUGGGACAGGAUUAUCAGCUAAUGCUUUGAAUACAAAUACUGCUUUGGGAAAUAGCUUAGGACUUCAGGCUCUUGGCUUAACUGGAUUGGGUGCUCUCCAGAACCAACUAUUACAGCAAGGUUUAACUGCCAAUGAUUUGGCAUCAGUUCUCACUGCUCAAGCUAGUGUCAACUCGAAUUUGAAUUUGGGUAAUGCAGACCUAACAUCUAAUGUACUGAAUAAUUCAGGCUUGCCAAACAGCUUAUUGGGUGGAAAUUCUAACUUAAACAGUGGACCUUUGUCAGGUACAAAUAGGCCAAUGGCAGUUCCAGUAUCAAACCAGGGCUAUGGACGUGAAUCUAAUGUACAGCAAAGAGAGAAGCCUUCAGACAUGGUUAUCAUUACAAAUCUUCCACCAACGGUCACUUGGCAGUUAAUCCGUGAAAAAUUCAGUGAAUGUGGAGAUGUAAAGUUUGCUGAAAUGACUGCAUCUGACACGGCUAUAGUCAGAUUCCAUAAAGAAUGGGACGCCGAGCGAGCUAUUAAAAUGUUUGACAGGACUCGCAUUGAUGGCAGGACUAUUGACGUGCGAUUCUUUUAGACCGGUUCUAAAUGGAGUACCAUGAGGAGUGUAUGAUAUUGAAGUCGGUAUUGUGGGCUAUGUGUGUACUCGGCUGCCUGGAUAUACAAGUGUCCACCCUCGUUUCAAAUCGGUUUCGGUGUAAAGUAUUCUACUCUUCUCCUGGUUGAAUUUGAUAGAGUUAUUGACAAGUAAUUGUAUUCUAAGAUAAUUUAGCGUAAGUGUCUCUAUGUUUGCUGUACACCCAAUGACUUAAACUAAUAAAAUCCAUUU